UCCAGUCAUUCUGUGUCGAGCCGGUAAAGUGCCGACACCUUUUUUUCGCGCGGUUUAUGUGUUUAUAACAAGUUUUUUUUUUUUUUUAAUAUAGGAGGACGCGUGUGAGUGAGCUUUUUUUUGGUUCGUUUGUAAUUUAACGAGCAAAACAUGGCUGCCAAAUUGACCUACGUGUGCCUGACGCUGUUGCUCCUCAUUGGGACUCAGUUGGCGACAAGCAAAUCGGUGGACGAAAGAAAUCUAGCCCCGAGCAAGCGCCAGGCCGCUAAGCAGGAGAGCCCCGAAGCAGAGGCGACGACCCAGGCCCCCGAGGACGACGAGGCAACCACCGACGUUGAGGACACCACUACUACGACGACUCCCGCACCUCCACCCACGAAGAAAGCCACGAAGCCACGUCGGAGGCAACCAGCUUCCACCACCGCUGCACCUACGACCCCAGCGGAGGAGGAGGAUGAGGAGCCCACGACCGUCAAGCCCCUGGGGAAGCCCACCAAGAGACCUAAAAAGCCCAUCACGACGACGGCCCCCUCGGUGCUCGUCAGACUCAACCCAGGCGACGAGGAGGAGGAGGCCCCGACCCCCAAGCCGGUGAUCGUUGACUUUCUUCCACCGAUGCUGCCUUUCAACCCGCCGCCCCAAGGCUACUUCCCACCCGUGGAUCCAGGCUUCAAUCCCUGGCGCUUGAAUACUCCUACUCCCACGCCCGGCGCACCCUACGACUACCCUCACCCCCCUGGGCCAGCUUUCAGCGCCGGCACGAGUGGAGCGGGGGGCGCCUUCGCGGGUAGCUUUGCCAGCGCGAGCGCAGGUGGCACCGGAGGCACGGUCUCGACCUCCAUCGGGGGUGGAGCGACACCGGGUGAUGGUGUCCAGCAGUCGUCGAGCUCGUACAGCAGCUCCGGGGGCCCAGGGGCCUUUGCCGGUGUCAACAGCCGCGGUGCUUUCCCGGAGGACGACGAGUCCGUGGGGAUCGAUGUCAAUGGGCCCGUUGCAUCCGCAGGUGUGCCGACAUACGUAGCCGGGCCGAACUACGGAUCUGUCUCGGGACCGGGAUACUCCGCCGGUGCCGCUUACGGGGCUAAUCCGUACGCAAACAACGUCUCCCCGUACGGGCCGAACCCCUACGCUCUCCAGGCCAUCUUCGAGCAGUACUUUGCGGCUCUACAGGCCCAAAUCCAGGCCCAAAUCCAGGCUCAACAGCAGGCAGGUGGAACUUUCGCCGCGGGUGGUGCGGUCAUCACCAACGGCCAAGGAGCGGCCGACCCGAACGCACGAGUCUACGUGAACACGCACUCGUCACAGGACUCCGCGUCCGAUUCCACUUCCGUAGACUCACGCUCUGGCUUGGGCGGCUCUAAGAGCACCGUCGUUGCCCGUCCCGCUUUGUCGAGCAAUAACGACACUAACGAUAACACUAGAAUUUGGGACCAAAGCAAUCGCGUAGACGGUAACUUUGGAGCUGGUCCGUAUGGUGGUCUCGCGAACUCGUACGCCAGUCCGUACGGUGGUCUGGCUGGUUCGCCGUCCGUUGGUCCUCAGGGUGCAUUCGCCAGUGGCAGCAUCGGGCCCCAGGGUGGCUUCCAAUCGGCUCAGGUCUACCCGGCUGCUCCCGGGAUAUCCUCGCGCUUCGGCGAGAGCGUUCCAGCGCCAUCGGGCAACAACUACGGCGUCUUCAGUAGCUCGAGCUCGAGCUCCUCCGUCGGCCCGGACGGCAAGCAGAACUCGAAGAAGACGGCCACCGUCGCCGUCAACGACAACGGCAAGAUAAGCGUCAAGACGGUCCACGAUCCGUGAGCUACGACCCGAAACUUUUAAAUGCUCCCCUUUACCCCCCUCUGCCUACCAAGUAAUUUUCCCUUCGACCUAAAUAUUUUCCAAAAAAAAAAAAAAAAAUCCCUGCGGGUUGUCCAUGGAGGAGUAAUGAUAACUACGCUUAAGCCUUGAAAUCGGAAAAAAAGAGAGAGACUAUUGAUUUGUUGUUACGAAAUUGCCGAGGUAUUUAUUUGGAAUCGUGUACUCGUUGAGGAGACUCUCGGCUGACGUUUGUUUUUGUCUUACAUGCGAUCUUCGCUCGUGCGAUGGAGCAUACGGAGGUUCGGGAAUAUUCUCAUUGCCAAGUCGUCUACGGAUGAUUUUAUCGCCAUAAACUGUUUGUCAAACAAUAGAUGAUACGUUAAAAAAUAAUUGGUUUCUUCUUUUUUUUCUUAAUAUAACGUAAUUUUCUUUCAAAACUAUUGACAUUGAUUUUGUUUUAAAGAGUUCGAGUAGUUGGUCAGUCUUGUGUGUCCUACGAUUCUGUUAAAUUUUUUUUACAAGUAUUAACCGAAACGAUGCCUGUAUACUUAUUUACAUACGUCUCGACGAAAACACAAAUGCAUGCGUACAUUUAAAAUUGCAAAAUGUGUAACAAUAUUUUCAAAACAAUAAUGAAUAAAACCUCGUAGUUGUAUAAUCAAAGAACUGAAGAAAAAAAGAAAAAAAUGAUAAUUGUA